AAUGGGCCCUCGGUGACGCCGUUCGGUAGAAAUCGCCCGCCCGAACCCCGAACCCCCCCUCCUCCUACGGCCCAGAGCGCGGAGCAGGGACCGGAGCAGCAGCCGACAUGUGCGACUUCUCGGAGGAACAAACCGCCGAGUUCAAGGAAGCAUUCCAGCUCUUCGACCGCACCGGGGAUGGGAAAAUCCUCUACAGCCAGUGCGGGGAUGUGAUGCGGGCUCUGGGGCAGAACCCAACCAACGCCGAGGUCAUGAAGGUGCUGGGCAACCCCAAGAGCGAUGAGAUGAACGUGAAGACGCUGAGCUUCGAGCAGUUCCUGCCCAUGAUGCAAACCAUCGCCAAGAACAAGGACCAGGGCUGCUUCGAGGACUACGUGGAGGGGCUGAGGGUCUUCGACAAGGAGGGCAACGGCACCGUCAUGGGGGCUGAGAUCCGCCACGUCCUCGUCACCCUGGGUGAGAAGAUGACAGAGGAGGAGGUGGAGCAGUUGGUGGCCGGGCACGAGGACAGCAAUGGGUGCAUCAACUACGAAGCGUUUGUCAGACACAUCUUGUCAGGGUGACGCCGCAGGGAGCUGGUCCGGAUGGUGCUGAGUGGCUGAGGACCCCUCGUGUUCCUGUUCCCACCCCCACUCUGAGUUUUGUGCCUUCUCCAUACUUUUCCUGCCACCGCGACCCAUUCCCCAACCCCCCCCCCCAAACCUCCCCCAGCC